AUGAACGGCCACUUCUCUGCCGUCGGCGAGAAGCCAGGCGCCGGAAGCUAUGAGCAUGGCGUCCAGGUCAUCGACGAAGACAAGGAGUUCAACGAUAACCUCAACGAGUACCUCCAGCUCACCUCGGUCGCCGAGUCUGGCUUCAACUACCACCUCAUCUCCGUCUUUGGCUCCCAGUCCACCGGAAAGUCGACCCUGCUCAACAACCUCUUCGGCACCGACUUCUCCGUCAUGUCCGAGACCGAGCGUCGCCAGACUACGAAGGGUAUCUGGAUGUCCAAGAACAAGCGCGAGGAGAGCGCCGGCACCAAGAUGGCCGAUAACAUCCUCGUCAUGGACGUCGAGGGCACCGACGGCCGGGAGCGCGGCGAGGACCAGGACUUUGAGCGCAAGAGCGCCCUGUUCGCCCUGGCUACCAGCGAGGUCCUGAUCCUCAACAUCUGGGAGCACCAGGUCGGCUUGUACCAGGGAGCCAACAUGGGGCUGCUCAAGACUGUCUUCGAGGUCAACCUGCAGCUCUUCCUCAAGGACAAGCAAUCAACUCCCAGGUCCCUCCUCUUCUUCGUCAUCCGCGACCACCUCGGCACCACCCCCCUGGGCAACCUCCGAACCACUCUGAUCCAGGACCUGACAAAGAUCUGGUCGUCCAUCUCCAAGCCCCAAGGCCUCGAGGGCUCGCGGAUCGAGGACUACUUUGACUUUGGUUUCGCCGCCCUGCCCCACAAGAUCCUGCAGGCCGACAAGUUCACCGAGGAGGUGCAGAAGCUGGGAUCAAGGUUCACCGCGGGCCACCGGCACGGCAAGCCGGGCUUGCAUGGCGAUCAAGAGCUCGAGGGCGGCCUCUUCCUCGCCGAGUACCACCGGCGCAUUCCGGCCGACGGUUUUUCCGUCUACGCCGAGGGCAUCUGGGAUCAGAUCGUCAACAACAAGGACCUCGAUCUGCCCACCCAGCAGGAGCUUCUGGCCCAGUUCCGCUGCGACGAGAUUUCCAGGGAAGUCUUGAUUGACUUUGAUCUCAUUGUGGCGCCUCUCGAGGAUAAGCAGGCUGAGGCAUUGAAGCUGGGUGUUGCCACCGUCUUGCCCGACCUCGGUGUAUCUGGAAGCUCAGCUCGCCAGAAGUGCAUCAAGGCUUUUGAAGUGCAAGCGAGUCGCUACCAUAAGGGCGUUUAUAGUCGCAAGAGGCAGGAGCUUGAAGGAAAGAUCGACGCUCGACUCAAGGCUCUCUACCAAGGACAGCUAGCAGCGGCUCACAAGGCCGGUGUCGCUGCUUUUGGUGAGGCGGUUGCCAACAAGGUCAAGGCUGGUCAAAAGGCCGGUGGUGCCUAUGAAUUCGCCGAGAUUGUCGCCAAUGAGAAGCGCAAGACUCUGGACAUCUUUGGCGUCGAGACACAGAGCCUGUUCAUUGAGGGCGUGGCCUGGACUAACUUUGAGUCGCAGCUCACGCUGUUCGAGAAGGAGCUGGAUGAGGAGAGCGCCAAGCUGCGAAAGGAGGAGAUGCGACGACUUGCGACCCGGGUUGAGCGAUGGGUCAAGUCCCGACUCAAUGAUGCGAUCGGCCUCGAGUUCAACAAGCUGGGUAGUGGCCGAGGCGGUUCAGGCGCGCCGGAGACGGGUGAAAAGCCCCCUACUGAGAAGGAUCUUUGGGACAGAGUCUGGAACGUCUUUACAGGCAUCGUCAAGGAGGCCGAGAGUCGCUUCGCCGAGCGAGCCAAGAGCUUCGAUGCUACCAACGAGGAGGUCGAGAUUGGCACAUGGCGGUUACGCCGAAAGAGCUGGACUGCUCUCCGCGAGAAGAUUGAGGAUGAGGUGAUGGAGGGCAACAUCUUGCUCAAGCUUCGAGAGAACUUUGAGGACAAGUUCCGAUACGACGAGGCCGGUGUGCCACGGAUAUGGCGCCCCACCGAUGACAUUGAGGGCAUCUACACCAAGGCGCGAGAGUCGACGCUUACCCUCGUCCCUCUGCUGUCCAAGUUCAGACUCUCUGAGACGAACAGCCUACCCGAUCUACCUGGCUUUGUCGGCCCGCAGCCAAGCGGCGUCGAGGCCAGUGACGAGGAGGAUCUGGCACCCAUCGGAGGUAUCGAUGAGGAGGAUGGCAAGAGCCUCGAGGAAGAGAUGACUGUUCUCAGCGAGGGCAAGCGUCAGGAUCUCGUGGUGAGGUUCAAGAAGACGGCCGACGGAGUUUAUGUCGAGGCCAAGCGUGGAGCCAUCGGCGGAGUGGCUCAGAUUCCGUGGUACUUUUACGGCCUGCUCCUGGCGCUCGGCUGGAAUGAGAUCUUUAUGGUUCUACGCAACCCCUUCCUCUGCCUUCUCAUCCUCGUCCUCGCAGGAGGCACCUACGUGGCUUACACGCUCAACCUCCUUGGCCCUAUGAUGUCGAUGGGCAACGCGGCGGCGACGCAGGGCGUCGAGAUUGCCAAGCAGCAGCUCCGCGACUUCAUCACCAACUCGGACACUGCGCGCCAGGCGGUUGGCAUGCCCGCCCGCAACGACACGGACAACAUCAGCAUGGACACCUUGGAUAGCCGGGGGAGAAGGGUCAACAACUCUUCGCAGCGGGAAGACGACAUCGAUGAUAUCUGA